AUGUCUACUAUACAAGUACCCUGGUCAUUCUACAGAGAACAAUGGACCCCUUACCCACCCGCUCCUAAAGGUGAUUAUCUGAAGGAUAAAACUGUUAUUAUCACAGGUGCUACUUCGGGAAUCGGUCUUCAAGCAGCCAAACAACUCGCUGAUGCUUCUCCAACUGACCUCAUCCUGGCUGUGAGGAACGUGACCGCCGGUGAAAAGCUUUUAAAAGAGAUCCAAUCUACCCAUCCAGACUUACAGGGAAAGGUUAUACAUCUCGAUCUAGCUUCUCUUUCCAGUGUGAAGAAGUUUAGUGAGGAGAUUAAGGUUUAUGAUAAGAUUGAUUUGUUGAUCAAUAAUGCCGGGGUUAAUCCUGGGUUCGAAGAGAUUCCAAUGCAAAUUACAGAUGACGGAUAUGAAAGAACAUUUCAAGUCAACGUACUCGCACCGUUCCUAUUAACGUGUCUACUCCUUCCAUUACUUAAACGAUCUUCUGAGCCAAAGGUCUUGUUCGUCGGAUCGGAUGCUCAUGGAUUCGCCGAGGAAGAUAUCAUUGAGGGUGCUCUCGCUAGUCCAAGUCAUGAUGGAAGAGCGAUCAUCGGAACGUUCAAUGACAAAGAGAAAUAUGUUACCGCGACGGUAUAUAUUCAAUCGAAACUAUUGCUUCAAAUGCUCACUCGAUCAUUGAUCAAACCACUUUCAUCCCUCAACAUCAGUGUCAUCAACGUCAAUCCAGGUUUGACAAUCACCAACCUAGCAUCAGAGGCCAAGACCAAGAUGUCGCUGCAGUUGAUUUCUCUGAUAAUUUGGGUCCUGGCCAAUGCGAGACGUGCUAAAAUAGCAGCUAGGAAUAUCACUUCGGCAAGUGCUUGGAAAGGAGGUAGUCAAGAUUACUGGUCAAGUUGCGUUCCAACCCCAUCUGAAAAUACUUGGCUUUACUCAUACAAAGGGAUCAGAGCGACUGAGAUCUUCUAUAAAGAGAUGAUACAGGAAGUAGAAAAGAUAAGUCCAGGGUGUACAGCCGACUUGAAAUGA